CUGGUAAUGGCUGAGAUGCAGUCUCCAAGGAUAGCAGGGAGAAAACGAGGCAGACCCCCACUCCACUCAGCACCGAUGAAAAUGACGGUCCACAACCUUUACUCUUCUUCUGCCUGUUCCUUACCGGUUGUGAAGAUCCCAAAGAAGAGAGGCCGGAAACCUGGACACAAGCUGAAGUCUCGUGUUCUAAUGACUCCUUUAGCAAUCUCUCCUCCGCGAAGCACACCGGAGCCAGAUGUCAGCUCCAUCCCCCAGGAUGCAGCCGCCAUGCCCAGCUCGACAGCAGCAGCGCAGGCGCUCACAGUUUGCAUUUAUAUCAACAAACAAGCCAACUUGGGGCCAUACCUGGAAAGGAAGAAGGUACAGCAGCUCCCGGAGCACUUUGGGCCUGAGAGGCCCUCAGCAGUCUUGCAGCAGGCGGUUCAGGCAUGCAUUGAUUGUGCACACCAGCAAAAGACAGUCUUCUCCCUGGUCAAGCAGGGAUAUGGUGGUGAGAUGGUGUCUGUCUCAGCUUCUUUUGAUGGGAAACAGCAUCUCCUGAGCCUGCCGGUGGUGAGCAGCCUUAGCUGUAUCUUAAGCUUCCUGAGGAAGCUGUGUCAGAGCCUGUUGUGUGACAACCUCUUCAGCAGCCAGCCUUUCCCUCAGUACCCCGGGGCUCCUGAGGACAACCCAGAUUAUGAGGACAGGAGGAUGGAGUCAGCCAAAACUGUCAUCUCGGAAGAUUACCUGGCGGACCCUGUGGGUAUGAAGCGCUACGGUGUGGACCCCUCCGAUUCAGCCUUCAAUUGCACGGGCUCUUCCUCUUCCUCCUCCUUGUACUCUGGGAGGCUGAGCUCUGGAGAUGGAUGCCUUGGGAGAGGCCUCACUACUUCCUCCUGCAGUCAUCGAUCUGGCCCCAUGUCCUCCGGUGGCCCCUCAAGUGUUGGCUUGAGGCACCAAGCAUCCAGUCUCAUGAGGAAUGGCACUUAUUUGGAAGGAAACAAAAGUGCCUCGAGUCCUUCUCCAGAUGGACAAGAUGCAGCUCGACCUACCAGCAAGAAUCCCUCCACCUGGACUGUGGAAGAUGUAGUCUGGUUUGUGAAAGAUGCUGACCCUCAGGCCUUAGGACCUCACGUGGAGCUCUUCAGAAAACAUGAAAUUGAUGGCAAUGCAUUGUUACUGCUAAAGAGUGACAUGAUGAUGAAAUACCUGGGCUUGAAACUAGGGCCAGCACUGAAACUUUGCUACCACAUCGAUAAACUCAAGCAGUCCAAGUUCUGA